GCCGCUUCCACCAAUCCAGGAUAGUUCAGACCAGACGUUGUCUCGACUGGCUUUCUCGCCACUUCAAUUUCCUAACAAUAACAUCCUCCCACCAUUGUGCUCAACUGUUGUUUGUCUUUCUGUCUUUUCCUGCCUCUUCAUCAUCACAGUAGCUAAGUGUUAUAGUAGCUAAGGGGUCUCCUUUACAGCUACACUGAGCUCUGUCCAUCAUGGGUGCUGAACAAUCAAAGCUACCUGGCGAACAGCAACGCGAGAAGGUGCUAGCUCGCAGAUCUCGCAACGACCUCGACCUGCUCAGCUUUGAUGAUGAUUGUGUGCAUGUCGACGAGAAGCAAAUAGGUGGUGGCCCUCAGCUCGCCCGAGAUGCGGAGGAUUUGCCUAUUUCCCAGAUGGCGGACUGGCAAAGCUCCAUUCUCGCAGAUCCGAAGAAUAGACUCGCCCUUACUGCACUGUCUGCAUACCAGCCUAAGGAGCUGCUACUGAACCGCCGGCUUACAAGCAACGACCUCCACGUCUUCAACCUCAAGGUUCCAUUUGAGGGCGGCCCUAUAACGAACCAGAGGAGCUCCGGGAGAUGUUGGCUCUUUGCAUCCACAAACGUCUUCCGCGUGGCAAUCAUGCAAAAGUACAAACUUGAUGCAUUUGAGUUGUCUCAGAACUACCUCUUCUUCUGGGAUAAACUGGAGAAGAGCAACUAUUUUCUCGAACAGGUUUUGGACACAGCAGACAUGGAUCUCGACUCUCGUUUAGUGCAAACUCUGGUCCAAGCUCCCUUGAGCGAUGGAGGGCAGUGGGAUAUGGUCGUGAACCUUGUGAACAAGUACGGCCUGGUUCCUCAGAUUCUUUACCCCGACAGUUUCAAUGCAACUUCGUCCUCGACGAUCAACAGCAUUGUAUACAGCAAGCUGCGCGAGUAUGCCUUGAUCCUCCGCAAGAUGAUGCGCUCUCCCAAGACGACCGCCGAGCAGCUCUCGCACACCAAGGUCAAGAUGGUCAAGGACAUUUACACGGUGCUGACGCUCACGCUCGGCCCUCCACCCUCGGCUACGGAAAAGUUCACGUGGACCUUUGCAGACAAGAACGGCAAGGCCCGCGAGGUUCAGACCACGCCGCUUGAGUUCGCCAAGGACAUCUAUAGUGCCGAGUUCCGCGUGACGCAUUCGACCAUCACGAACAUGGUGUCGCUGGUGAACGACCCUCGCAACGACUACAUGAGCUUGCUGACAGUCGACCGGCUCGGCAAUGUCGUGGGAGGCCGUGGUAUCACUUACAUUAACGUAGCCAUGGACAAACUCAAGUCGGCAUGCGUGGCCAUGUUGAAGGCCGGUCAGCCAGUAUUUUUCGGCUGCGACGUUGGCAAGUUCAGCAACACAGCCCUUGGAGUGAUGGAUCUUGAUCUCAUCGACUAUGAGCUCGGCUUCAACGUUGGGGUGCUUGGAAUGUCCAAGGCCGACAGGUUGCGGACCGGUGAGAGUGCCAUGACCCACGCAAUGGUUCUCACGGCGGUGCACAUCGACGAAAAGACUGGCAAGACAGUGAGGUGGCGUGUCCAGAACAGCUGGGGCGAGGCCGCCGGCGAAAAGGGCUGGUUCGUUAUGAAGGAUUCGUGGAUGGACGAGUUUGUGUACCAGGCAGUCGUCGAUGUCCAAGUCCUAUCGAAGGAGGUUAAGGAUGUGCUCAAACAGAAGCCAGUUGAGCUUCCGCUGUGGGAUCCUAUGGGAGCACUGGCCUGAUUUCCCGGUGAUACCCGACUCUCCAAGCUUUCUUUAUUCUUGUUCUUUUUUUAUGGAUUCCGUCGUAUUAGAUCGCGACUUAGUUGCGUUUCUUAUUUAUGGUUUUGAUAUGGGGCGUGGGUCAUUAUGAAUUUGGCUUUUGGAUAUGUUUUGGAUUGUUUCUUAUGAACUUAACAAUGACAGAUGUUAUAUCCUUUCUCCGUAA